CAUUGUGAUUCUCGCGUGAAUUCGGCCUUAAAGUCACGCGCUGGCGGGACCCUCAGGUCUACACCGGCAACUGUUGCUACGCUGUGGAGAGUACUGCUGUUUUGGAAGCUUGGAAGGCCUGAGAGUUACAGAGAUAAAGGCAGAGACACAGGCAGAGGGAGAAGCAGGCUCCCUGCAGGAUCCCAGGAUCACGACAUGAGCUGAAGGCAGACGCUCAACCCUGAGCCACCCAGGUGCCCUCCUGGAUGCUUUGCCCUUUUCCAAGAGGAGCCCAGCAGAGGAUUGGUCUGGCUGCAAAUACCAAAACCAUGGCUCAGGAGUCAGUGAUGUUCAGUGAUGUGUCCAUAGACUUCUCUCAGGAGGAGUGGGAAUGCCUGAAUGAUGAUCAGAGAGAUUUAUACAGAGAUGUGAUGUUGGAGAAUUACAGCCACCUGAUUUCAAUGGCAGGACAUUCUGUUUCUAAACCAGAUGUGAUCUCCUUCUUGGAGCAGGGGAAGGAGCCCUGGUUGGUUGACAGAGAACUAACAAGAGACCAGUGGCCAGUCCUGGAAUCAAGAUGUGAGACCAAGAAAUUAUUUCUGAAGAAGGAAAUUUAUGAAAUAGAGUCAGCGCAGUGGGAGAUAAUGGAAAGACUUACAAGACAUGACCUUCAGUGCUCUAGUUUCAGAGAUGAUUGGGAAUGUAAUGGCCAGUUUGAGAAACAACAUGGCUCUCAGGAGGGACACUUCAGUCAACUGAUAUUCACCCAUGAAGGCAUGUCCACUUUCAGUCAGCAUCCAUCCUUUACUUUACAGCAAAUCAUUAAUAAUAAAGAGAAAUACUGUACAACUAAGGAAUAUAGGAAAACCUUUAGACAUGACUCACAAAUUAAUACACAUCAGAUAAUUCAUACCAUUGAGAAACCCUAUGAAUGUAAGGAAUGUGGAAAGGCCUUUAGACAUCCUUCAAGACUCAGUCAUCAUCAGAAAAUUCAUACUGGCAAGAAGCCCUUUGAAUGUAAGGAAUGUGGGAAAACAUUUAUUUGUGGUUCAGACCUUACUCGACAUCACAGAAUUCACACUGGUGAGAAACCCUAUGAAUGUAAGGAAUGUGGAAAGGCCUUUAGUAGUGGUUCAAACUUCACACGACAUCAGAGAAUUCACACUGGUGAAAAGCCCUAUGAAUGUAAAGAAUGUGGGAAGGCUUUUAGUAGUGGCUCGAACUUUACUCAACAUCAGAGAAUUCAUACAGGGGAGAAACCCUAUGAAUGUAAGGAAUGUGGCAAUGCCUUUAGUCAGAGUUCACAACUUAUUAAACAUCAGAGAAUACAUACAGGUGAGAAACCCUAUGAAUGUAAGGAAUGUGAAAAGGCUUUUCGUUCUGGUUCAGACCUUACUCGACAUCAGAGAAUUCAUACUGGUGAGAAGCCCUAUGAAUGUAAGAUAUGUGGGAAAGCCUAUUCUCAGAGUUCACAACUUAUUAGUCAUCAUAGAAUUCAUACUGGUGAGAAACCCUAUGAAUACAGAGAAUGUGGAAAGACCUUUAAUUAUGGCUCACAACUUAUUCAACAUCAAAAUUUGUACUGGUGAUAAACCAAUAGAAUAUAUGAGAUCUGGGGGAAGGCUUUUAAUUACAGCUCAAAACUAUUCAACAUUAAAAAAAAAAACCUAUUCAACAUUAGAGAAUUUAUCUUGAUAAUAAUCCCUUUAAAUAGAAUAAUGUAGGAACAUCUUAUUUGUUGACUCCAGCUUAUUCAGCCUGGGAAAAAUCAUGUAGGAGAAACACUCUACAAGUAGAAUAUAUUUUAGAAGCCCAUUAAUAAAAACGUAUUUUUCUUUUGACAUCAGAUAAUACAAGCUAGCAAAUACUGAAAGUCACAGCACUUUUGACACCUUUUUAACCUUAUUUUAAACCUCAGGAUUCAUGCUGAAAUAACCUAAUUUUCAUUUCCCCCUAAUCUGUAUAUAGUUGCUCUAUUUUUAAUGUUUUAACCCAUCUUAAGUUUAUGUGACUGUAAAGACCAUCUCUUUACAUCACAUUCUGUAAAACACUUAAUAUCUGAAAGAAGUGACUUCUUUAUUCAAAGAUGGCUUAUUUUUGUUAUUUACAAGACUUAGGCUUUCUUGUAAAAACAUUGAUAACAACGUUCCACACAGUAACUAGAGAUCCUCUCAUAGCUUCCUGGUAUUUCCUUAUGUUGCUGUGAUAUCAUUUUAUCAAAAUCUUAUUGAUAGACAUUUUAGUUUCCCAGAGUUUUUGCCAUUAUACACAGUGCCCUAAUGGAAAUUCUCCCUAAGCAUAUCUUUGUAUCAUGUAUUUUAAUUGCAGAAAUCAUGCAUGAACAUAUUUUCCUUUUAAAAGAUCUAAACAUUGCAAAAAAAGGCAAACAUACCCUUUGACUACCAUCCUUGUACCCAUUUCCCUUUUUGAAGGAUAGUCAUUAUCUGUUUAGUAUUUAUCCUUCCUGAGCAUUUUUCUAUGUUUUUAUACAUAUUUGUCUCAGUAGAAAUUAUAAAACGGGGAUAAUUAUAAUACCUACCUCAAAAUUUUGUGAGGAUCAAAUUAAGAUACAUAAAAAAAAAUUAAGAUACAUAAAGUGCUUAGAAUUGUGCCUGUCAUAUAAUAAAUACUCAGUGAAUGUUGGUCCUUAUUUUACUCCUUGUUAUUAGUAUUAUUUGUUGAAAAACAACAGUUUCUGCAGACCUUGCUGAACACCAAGCAGGACAUGUAAUUGAAGAAAAACACACUCAGUAAUGAAUUCAGAAAAUUUUCCAUUAUCACUUAUUUCCUACGAAACAUGAAAUAAUCCUAGGUGUUAGUGGGGAAAGUAAUAUAUGGCAUGUGUAGGAAAGACUUUACUCAGACUGGCAUCCUUUUUACUAUGUAAUAUAAUACCUAAUAUCAAAACAAACAAUAUAGACAAACAUUGUGACACUGAUGAAAAAGUGUGGAAAGAAAUAGAAUUAUGUUUUAAAAAUGGAUAUGCAAUGAAACCAUAUAGUUACUGGUUUAAAAUGUUAGGGGUGCAUUGCUGGCUUAAUUAGUGGAGUAUGGAACUCUGUAUCAAGUUUGAGUUUGAGCUCCAAGUUGGGUAUAGAGAUUACUGGAAAAUAAAAUCUUUAAAAAAAAAUUGAAAUAGGGACAACCUGGUUGGCUCAGUGGUUGAGCAUCUGCCUUCAACUCCGGGCAUGAUCCUCAUGAGGAGCCUGCAUCUCCCUCUGCCUAUGUCUGCCUCUUUCUGUGUCUCUCAUGAAUAAAUAAAUACUUUUUUAAAACAAAUAAAAAUAAAAUGUUAAAUACAGUGCUGCUUCCUGGUAGAUUUGAAAACCUA